AUGAAAGGAGCUAAUUCAAAGACUGAAACCAGGAGCAACAAGCUCUCUGUGAACAAAAAGCCUACUAAGGCUGCCAAAGCUGCGGCUAAGGAUCCAAACAAACCAAAGAGGCCGUCCAGUGCCUUCUUCGUUUUCAUGGAGGAGUUCCGUCAGACUUACAAGAAGGAACACCCCGAGAACAAAUCUGUUGCUGCUGAGGAAGGUCCCAAGGAGGAUGAGGAAUCUGACAAGUCAGUGUCAGAAGUGAAUGAUGAGGAUGAUGCCGAGGAUGGAAGUGAGGAGGUAAAUUGCUUAAUUCUGUAA